CCGUCUCACAGCAGUGACGUGUUUCUUGUGCGUCAACGUUGUUCUCCAGUUUCCCAGCUUGCAGAGCCAAAUCCAGCAGGCGGGAGGCGUCCGGCCACCUCUGUUUUUCUGUUUUCCCAGCGAAGCAGCGAGCAAAACAGUCGCCAGGUAGCGAUGGCUCAGCAGCCACAGCAGCCGCUGCCCGCCGCCCCGGACUCCCCUGCGCUGGUCGUAACCAGCAAUGUGCAGAAAUACGCCAUGAAGAAGAAGAAGAUCCUCAAUGCAGAGGAAAGUGAGCUGUUUGAGUUGACCCAGGCGGCAGGCAUCACUGUGGACCAGGAGGUCUUCAAGAUCAUAGUGGACCUGUUGAAAAUGAAUGUGGCUCCUCAAGCAGUCUACCAGACUCUGAAGGCUAUGUGCGCAGGCCAGAGGAUAGCUGAUAGCGGUGGUGGAGAAUCUUCACCUGCCUCCCACGCUGCCACUACCACCACAGCACCUGCAGAGCACAGAGAAGAGGAUUCUUUGGUCUUUGGCAAGAGCCCUAAGCCUCCUGCAGCUCCCCCUUCAGCGUCUGGCCCCAGAGCCACAAGGGUCAACACUAAGAUUGUGGUCUACGGCCCCCAAGACGCUAGCUCUGCUCACCCUCCAGUGCGAAGUAAAGCUGGAGUGAGCCACAGUGAGAAGAGCAGGGAGGGCUCCAGCCAGAGGGUGCAGCGGCAGCCAAGUGCCACUAGAGGGCAGAAGACUAAGAGCUCUGGCAGCAGUAGCUCCUCCUCACAAAUGACCUCCACUUAAUUUUUUUUUUUUUUUUAAAUAAAUGUGUUUUUAUAAAUAUACUUCUUUCUGUAAUUUAUUGUGUCAACCUGACAGUUUUGUUUGGUAAACAGGCAGCGCCAAAUGUCUCGUCCCUCUCAUCUCUGUGGCUUAUUGUGAAUGAACAGAGCCUUUUGUUCAGUUGUAACAUAACUGUUUUCACCGUGUUAUGCUGUAACAUGAAAAUGCAAGUAUCCAGUGGGUGUAUAUAUGUGCUAAUGAAUUUUCAAUAAAUCAAAUGCUCUUUUUGCAUAA